AUGGACAGCGUUCAAGGUAUGAAAGCUUUACCCGCUGAAGACGGAAGAAAUGAGGAAGAGAGUGGACAGGGCCAGUCAGCAUGUGGACCCGUAGCAGCAGUACGGGAAACAGAAAAGGAGUCAAAUGGCGAAAGCCAUUCUGCUGCUGGCACUUCACGCCCCGUAGAUGAUGACAUGAACAAGGAUGAUGGUGAUACCAACGGAGACCACGGGAGUGAGCAGCAACCAAAUGAGCGGAUUCCUGAUCGUGUGGGUGGCGAGAGAGUGCCGGCGGUACCGAUUCCAGAUAGUGGGCCGAGGCAGGUGCCACGACGUCGCCUACGCCAUCGAUUCAACCAGUGGCAGCUGGAGGAACUGGAGCGCAUCUUCCAGGCCAGUGGCUCCCUCGGCGUUAAAGCAAGAAAACAACUAGCAAGAUGGAUGGGUGUGAAUGAAGCCGUGGUGAAGAGAUGGUUUCAGAAGAGGAGAGAGAAACACAGAAGAUAUAUGAGACUGUGA